UUCUCUGGUCUGUCUAUGUUACUCUGGCUGUUCUUCUUCAAAGAUCACUUGAUCAUGCGGAGUCGGUAGGACCAUCACCUAGUCUUGGAACUCAGUCUGGGAAGCGAUUGCUGACGUGUUUUCAAAGCAACAGUUCACGUCUGCAGACCGCCCUGAGCAUGGAGACCAUGAAAAGAACCGUGAUACCUUUAUUCCUCCUUCUUUCAGCCUCGGAAGCUGGACAGGGCGAAUUUCUUACGGGAAGAGUCACCGUUUGUGAAGACUUUGGGAUCGAUCUUGCUCGUAUCUUGGAAGAUUAUAACCAGUCACCUCUGACACACGACACGACUCGCCAGCUGUGCGUGCACAUCGACGCAAUUUUACGUACUCUCGGACGCAGCAAGAACAAGAUUGCAUACACCUUCGCCUUCACUGUGCUCGUCAAUUCGAUAUGCUCGCUCAUGCGCCUGAAUGCAUGCUGGGACAUGGCCUGCCUCACUGGCUCUCUCAUUGCGAUCAUCUUCGCCGCCGCAGCCGAUUACUCUGCAAUGGAUGAUCUCCAUCUUCCUGACUUGUAUCCCACAACCUAUAAAGACCUCAUGGCCCAUGCAUUGCGGGAUCGCGGCCUGGAAUUUUCCCAUCUACUCUCUGUGCCAGUUCCACUGCCAACAGCAGAUGGGUUUGCUGGGAUUCUGAGUGCAGAGGACAAGCUCGAGGAAUUUGUGAUUCAAAACUUGAUUGUGGGAUCCUCUGGCAACGCUACCGUCAGCGCCGUGCAGCAGGAUAUCCAUGUCACAUGGUAUCGCAACAACCAGGUGGUGUUUCGUCUUCUGCCGCCAGGACAGACCACGCGGAUGACUUCGGGUGAGGCGCUGGCGUUGAAGUUCUUUGAUGGGGCGGGCUACCUUGUGUCGUAUGGGACUGGAUAUCUGUCCGAGUUGGGUACUGACGAUGAGGAUGAGCUGGCGGCGGGGAUUGUUCGCGCAUGGGGAGCGAUCCUGGGGGAGGACAAUGGGAGUUUUCUGGGGGUGAGUUCGAUCGAGAAGGGAGUGGAGUACGUGAGUUUUUAUGUGGAUGUCAUUGUCGAGGAGGGGACGGUUGAUGUCAAGGGGGAGAUGGAGGGAUUCUUGUGGGUGUGUUGCUUGUGUGCUGUGCUUCCAGGUUCUCUGAAGUGUCAUUCUCGUGUCUUCAUUCGAACUGGGUAUCUCAAUUACACAUUAGUGGUAUACAGACAAUAUCAUCACAUCAACAAUUUUUUAGAUUUCUUGGAGACUGACUGCCAAACUGCAAGCACACUUCACAACCUAGAUCCUUCCCCAUCCGCAUCCCAAUAUUGAAUUCUUCCUUGACUCCGACCCCCUUCAUCCUCCUGCUCUUUUUGUGGGCAUGUAUAUGUGCAGUCGUGCUCGCAUUUGCAUUCUGAUUCUGGGCAUCCUGUUCUUCAUUUGUAUAGUCUUCCGCCGCAACAACCCGCCUCAAUCCCCGACACUCUCCGCAAAACAUCAUCCACACCCCUUGCACCCGCACCAGAUCGCCAUACCCGUACCUCGCUUCACCGGUACGUUCCACUCCUCCUUCUCCUCCUCCUCUUACUAGACCAGCAUCAUUACCCCCGUCUCCCUUGUUCUCCACCGCACUACCACACUCACCCUCACCCUCAACCGAAGUCAAAGACCCCCGCGGA